AUGACACCAAAGACCCUCUAUCCAGGCGUGGCAUUGGUCACUGGCGCCGCGGGGACUGGAAUCGGCGCCGCAGUAGCCAAGGCGUUUGCGGCCGAAGGAUGUAAGCGCAUCGCCAUUACGGAUCGCAACACCGAGCUUUUGAGUGCCGUCGAACAGGCCAUUCUAGGACAGCACGGCGGCAGUAGCAGCAGCAGCAGCAGCAACGACAACGACAACGGCAAUGCCAGAAUCGAGGUGCUCGCGAUAGCCGGUGACAUUGCCGACGCGGCGUUUGUGCAGAGCCUCGUGGACGAGGUCGUGGCCAGGUUCGGACGGCUAGACUACGCCGUCAAUUGCGCGGGCGUGCCGGGCACGGGUCAGCGGUGCACUGAGACGAGCUUUGAGGAUUUUGACCGCAUCAAUGCCAUCAAUUAUCGCGGGGUAUGGUCAUGCUCACGUGCGGAACUGGGUGCCAUGAUCAAGCAGGAACCUCUAGAAACCAACGUCUCGGGCCGCGCACCAGCUCGAGGGGCCAUUGUGAACAUUGCCAGUCAGCUAGGUAUAGUUGGCAAGGCAAAGAUGGGACCAUACAGCGCGUCCAAGGCCGCCGUCAUAUCCCUCACGCGCUCCGACGCGAUAGACUACGCCAAGGACGGCAUCCGGGUCAACUGCGUCUGCCCGGGUGUUAUUGAGACGCCCAUGACGGUGUGGGACCACGAGAGCCGCCGCAGACAGGAGCCGUAUGUUCAAAUGGCCCCCGUCGGCCGGAUUGGGCAGCCCGAGGAAAUCGCAGACGCCGCGCUAUUCCUCUGCUCCGCCAAGGCCAGCUUCGUACAAGGACAUGCGAUGGUCGUUGAUGGCGGAUACAUCCUGACAUAG